AUGGACUUUCACCAAGUACCGGAGAAACAGACGCGUAGACGCAGCCGGACCGUCAGCUGGGACCAUUCGGUCAGAGCGGACGGAGAGUCGUUGACUUGCAAGACGACAACGGACAGGGGUGUUCUAUCACCGCAGGGGAUAACGUCACCGGGUCCACGUGAUUCGUCGACAACAGAAUUGUUUUUUGACGACGACAUGAGUAUUAGCAGAGGACAUUCGGUAGAAAAGGUUCGGUUUUCAGCCAGCCGGGCGCAUUCGGACGAAAACGAUGAGGAUUAUUCAGCUAGUGUAAAUGCGAUACUCCAUAAGCGGCUUAGUGUUAGGAAAGGCAAACACCUAAAGCAACGAAGAUCGUCUUCUCCCGUGUCUUCAAUGUUACCCGAUGACGCUAGUUUAAUAUCGGAUCGAAGAAGAUCGUCAGCUUUUACAACCAGCUCUGGAGAUACGGCGAUCAACAUCGAAGAGGCUGGUAUCUCUCAAGAGCAGAUAUUUGAAAACAUCCGUUUACACAAAGAGGUAUUAGGCAGUGUCCGCCAACAACCGUGGUCCAUACGGAGGAAGAUGAAAUUAGUUCAGCAAGCCAAAGAGUAUGUAAAGAAACACGAGGGUCAGCUACAAGAACGUUUGGCAAUGAGUAAAAGCACGAGAGAUAUCAUGGCGCGGUUUCAUAUAGUCUUAGUCAAACAAUGGCAACACAGUAAACGGGAGAUGGCCAAUUUUAUAAGUCAAAUAAUUCCGUGGGAACUAACGAUCAAAGAAAUUGAAUCUCAAUUCGGCACGGUAGUCGCUUCGUACUUCACGUUCCUCCGCUGGUUGUUCUGGGUGAACUUUGUUAUAUCCGUGUUGUUGGCAGCCUUCGUCGUCAUGCCCGAAAUUUUGACGACCAAUAAGGCGGACACCGGAGAGCGCAAGACACUGUUGCCCGAGGAGCAGGCCACUUCUAUGGAAUUAAUGACUUUGUUGAAUUUUGAGGGAGUCCUACAGCAUUCACCCAUGUUUUACGGCUACUAUUCAAAUCGACAAAGUUCGGACACCGGAUACCGGCUACCCACGGCCUACUUUAUCACGGGGCUCGUUGUUUACAUCUAUAGUUUCGUUGCUACGCUCAGAAAAAUGGCUGCAAACUCUCGUCUGAGCAAACUGUCCGAAAAAGACGAUGAGUGCAUUUUUACGUGGAAACUGUUCACCGGGUGGGAUUACAUGAUCGGAAACGAAGAAACCGCUCACAAUCGUAUAUCGUCCAUUAUACUUGGUUUUAAAGAAGCGUUGCUUGAAGAAGCUGAAAGAAUGAAAGACAAACAAAAUUGGAAAGUGGUGGCUUUGAGAAUAUUUGCAAAUCUGAAUAUGGUAUGGAUGCUGGGAAGUUCGGUUUAUGCCGUCAUUCUUGUAGUAGCCAGGUCCACAGAACCAGAGGCUGAAGCCACAAUGUGGAGAAAAUACGAAAUCACAGUUGUCAUGACGCUCAUUGGCACGUUCUUUCCGAUUGCGUUUGAAGUGUUGGGCGUGUUGGAGAGUUACCAUCCGAGGACAACUCUCCGUGUACAAUUAGCUAGGAUUAUGGCGCUGAACUUGUUAAAUCUUUACACGCUGACGUUUGCGUUGUUUGUGAAAAUCAACGACAUGACCAAGGAACUGUUGACGUUGAAAUCCAAUGUAUCCAAUAUGACAGCCAAUGCGGCUACCAGGGCUACCACAGCUACCAUGGCUUCUACGGCUACCGCGGCCACAAUAGCCACUGCAGCCACCAUGGCAACUACGACUUCUAUGUUGAAGACAACUUCGACUACCUCAGUACUGGUAGCAUUAGCAUUCAUGAAUUCUACUAUGUCGAACAUGACAAAACUUCAAUUGCCAGUCACCCAUACUAUUGAUACACAACCGAAUUGCUAUCGACAGCAGAUAGAAUGUCCGUUCUCGUGGCCGGGUGUCCAAUACGUUACAGCUGACGUACAUUCACCGAAAAUGAAGGAUUACGUUUCCUCAUCGAUUGCGCCACUGGAAUUCAGUACGACUGGAACCGACUUUUCAUCGGUAGUAGAUUUAGGUUCCGACGUGGACUUCGGUCAAACUACAGGUGUUUUCGGUGCGAAUCGGAAUGGUGGCACCGGAUGGACUGAAAGUACGGCUGAAACGACUUUCAAGACCAUCGACGAUCUACGAAUAACCGCCGAGGUCAUAUACGACGACACGUUAUCAUCGUCCGAAGAUAAUGCCACCACCUCCGAGUUCGACGUCAGCUCUACACAUAGUUAUGAUGAGACGACAGAAAAAUCGACUAUAGGUUUGGUCACAGCUGAGUCGAUGUCGGAUAAUUCAACCGUGGAUACGGUCGAUGAUUGGUCAACAACUACAUAUCCGAUGAACGUUUCAUUAUACUUAAGUUCAAUCGCCUCUCAAUCGAUAUCGAGUUCGACACAGAGUGUAAUCGGUGAGAUGAUACCGGGUGAGUACGCGGAGUCAACGUCGACCGUCGUUCCCGAAUCAACGGCAAGUCCAGACACAGAAAUAUUGAUGUCGAACAUGACGAUUGAUCAAUCGAUAAUCACUAUAGAUAAUGACGAUGAGCUAUAUAGUACAAUUGCUUCCGACGAUCUUCAGUUGUUGAGGACGGACGAGAUAAUUGCGUCAUCUGAAAGGAGAAGAAUCGUAAAACGGAUGUCGGAAGUAAUUUUCAAUGGGACUCAUUGCUUUCAAGUAGUUUGUUCGUCUCCAUCACCAGUUACAAAUGUAACCGAGGUGCCAAACAGUUCUCAAGGAUUUAGCGAGGAAUCGACCGAAGAGUACGUGACAACGACGGAACAUGAAGAUGCACCUAGAGAAGAUUUAUCUCUUCGUGCAACUUGUUUGAACCUCCAAAUCAGGCGACGAUUGCGGAAGUUAUGUUGGGAGACAAUGUUUGGACAAGAAUUGGUAAAACUUACAGUCAUGGAUUUGGUGUCGACAAUCAUCUCAACGAUAUUUGUGGACUUUGCACGUGCAGUGUUCGUGCGGUACAUGAACCGGUGCUGGUGCUGGAACUUGGAGAAGCGGUUCCCACAAUACGGUGAUUUCAAGAUCGCCGAGAACAUAUUGCAUCUGGUCAACAACCAGGGUAUGGUGUGGAUGGGCAUGUUCUUUUCUCCCGGGUUGCCCAUCAUAAACGUGGUAAAAUUGAUGAUCAUGAUGUACGUGCGGUCGUGGGCGGUGCUCACAUGCAACGUACCUCACGACGUCGUGUUUCGAGCCAGCCGGAGCAACAACUUCUACCUGGGACUGCUACUCACCAUGUUGUUUUUGUGUGUGUUACCGGUCGGUUACGCCAUCGUGUGGAUUGAACCAUCGUGGCACUGUGGACCAUUCUCGCAGUACAAAAAAAUCUAUCACAUCUUCACCAACUCCAUCAAAAAAACUGUACCUAACCCGCUGGUGCAUCGGAUACUUGACUAUAUAGCAUCACCCGCCAUCGUUAUACCAUUGCUGUUGCUCCUCAUCCUCAUAAUUUAUUACUUGGCAUCGCUCACAUCAUCACUCCGAGAAGCCAAUAACGACUUGAAAACGCAACUAAGACGUGAGCGAACCGAAGAACGACGAAAAAUGUUUCAGUUAGUAAACAGGAAGAAACACGGUAGUGGCGUCGAUGACGAUGACGAAGAUGAUUACACGUGCAUGGAUACAACGUUGGCCAAGUGGAGACAUAUAAUGCCAGACAGCAAAACGCAGACAGACGUUCCGAGCUCUGUGUUCGAAAUCGCCGAGAAAAAGCUCACAGACAACGAGGUGCUGGACAGAGUCCGUGAAAAACUCGUGCACAUAGAAGCGGAGGAUCAGGAACCUGAAAACAAACACCAUCCAAGUCGAGAUGAUCAACAGCAACAACAGCAGACGCAACCGCCGCACAUAAAGCUCCAACGCAAUCUUCACCACCAUCAGCCACCUCUACUGCAACACCACUAUCACCACCAUCACCAUCACCAGCAGCAUCUCUAUCACCACCUACGCCGGCCGUCGAGAAGCGAAGAGCCGCGGGAUACAGCGGCAACGCUGCGUAAGUGGAAAAAAUCUAAAGUGGUCCGGCAUCUGUCAUCAGAGUCGGAGUCGUCGGAUCAGUCGGAAGCGGUACCAGAAACCCGUGAACCGGUUCAACCUCAGAUAACCACUACCUCACACGGUUCUGGGUUACAUCACAGGACCACAGCCGCCGAACUUCCGGUCAGCGGUGCCGCCGUUGAAGAAGGCGGUUCUACGACCGCCUUAGAUCAGCCCGUUAAGCAGAGGGCCAGGCUUAAGUUGGCGCAGAUACUGUACAAGGAAGCGCGGAGGAGAAGACAGAAAUACGUAGAGGAACUACAAAACCAACAGGAAUAAAUUUAACACAAUAGAUUCACACUAGAGUAUUCUUUUCAGAAGCGACAUCAUCUGGAUUCAAAGUUCAGCCUGAAACUUAAAAA